AUGGAGCAGUUGCCACCGGCGCGGCAGGCGUUGGGAAGUGACAGAAACUGCUUCCCCAGAACGGAGAUGUGUGAGGAAUUUUUGUCCUCUAGGAUAGAGAUGGUGAGUGUGGGAGUCAGCACAGAGCCAUGCCAUGCCAGGUGGGAGGUAGAAACAGAUGAAGCUGUCCUGCAGCGGCGCCAAAAGCAGAUAGAUUAUGGCAAGUGCACACCUGGUUACCAGUGCUUUCUGCAGCAGGUCCCCAAGGCACAUCGACAACCAGGGCUUCACCCUCAAACGCCCAAUAAGAACAGAAGGUACAGCCGUCGCUCCUGGGAUGCCCAGAUUAGACAAUGGAGAAGAGCCCUGCAUUUCUGGGACCCACCCAGUCAGUGCCUGCCAGGCAGAGUGGCUACAAGGCAGAGAAUGGAGAGUCUUUUAGAACAAAUGGACUCCACCCCUUGGGAUAAUUUCCUGGAUGACCUGCUCCAGGCCCUUGGAACUCUCAGAGAAUCUGGAUAA